AUGUUGCUGCUACACCUGACACCUAACGCAGUCGGGUCAUUUGAGCAACUACAGCAAUCGACCCCCGCAAAAUGUGCAGUGCAGGUCUUCAGAUUAAAGAGGGGAAGGCUGAAUUUGCAGUUAAGGAAAGUGGAUGUAAAGAUAGAAAACAAUGACGUUAAUUUCAUAGAAGAGGACCCAACCCUAUUUCAAGGACAAGUUUGGAAGGCUUGUGGAGAUCCUAAGGCCAAACCAUCAUACCUUAUUGACAAAAACUUGGAAUCUGCUGUGAAAUUCAUAGUCAGAAAAUUUCCUGCUGUAGAAACUCGCAACAACAAUCAACAGCUUGCACAGUUACAGAAAGAAAAAUCAGAGAUUUUGAAAAACCUGGCAUUAUAUUACUUCACAUUUGUAGAUGUUAUGGAAUUUAAGGACCAUGUUUGUGAAUUGCUGAAUACUAUUGAUGUUUGCCAAGUAUUCUUUGACAUUACUGUGAACUUUGAUUUAACAAAGAACUAUUUAGAUUUGAUUAUAACCUAUACAACAUUAAUGAUACUGCUGUCUCGAAUUGAAGAAAGGAAGGCAAUCAUUGGAUUAUACAAUUAUGCUCAUGAAAUGACCCAUGGAGCAAGUGACCGAGAAUACCCACGUCUUGGUCAGAUGAUUGUGGAUUAUGAAAACCCUUUAAAAAAGAUGAUGGAAGAGUUUGUACCCCAUAGCAAGUCUCUUUCAGAUGCACUAAUUUCGCUCCAGAUGGUGUAUCCUCGAAGGAAUCUUUCAGCUGACCAGUGGAGAAAUGCCCAGUUACUGAGCCUCAUCAGUGCGCCCAGUACCAUGCUGAAUCCUGCACAGUCUGACACUAUGCCUUGUGAAUAUCUCUCUUUGGAUGCGAUGGAGAAAUGGAUUAUCUUUGGCUUUAUUUUGUGCCAUGGGAUCCUAAAUACCGAUGCUACAGCUCUGAACCUUUGGAAGCUAGCUCUUCAAAGUAGCUCUUGCCUUUCUCUCUUCCGGGAUGAAGUUUUCCACAUUCACAAAGCUGCAGAAGAUUUAUUUGUAAACAUAAGAGGCUAUAAUAAACGUAUUAACGACAUAAGAGAAUGCAAGGAGGCAGCUGUAUCACAUGCUGGCUCAAUGCACAGAGAAAGACGCAAGUUUUUAAGGUCUGCACUAAAAGAAUUGGCUACUGUCCUCUCUGAUCAGCCUGGCUUGCUUGGUCCUAAGGCACUGUUUGUUUUUAUGGCAUUAUCUUUUGCCCGUGAUGAAAUUAUCUGGCUACUUCGUCAUGCAGAUAACAUGCCAAAGAAGAGUGCAGAUGACUUUAUAGAUAAGCACAUUGCUGAAUUAAUAUUUUACAUGGAAGAACUUAGAGCACAUGUCAGAAAAUAUGGACCUGUAAUGCAGAGGUAUUAUGUGCAAUACCUUUCUGGCUUCGAUGCUGUUGUCCUAAAUGAACUGGUGCAGAACCUUUCUGUGUGUCCCGAAGAUGAAUCAAUCAUCAUGUCCUCUUUUGUUAACACUAUGACUUCCCUAAGUGUAAAGCAAGUUGAAGAUGGAGAAGUAUUUGAUUUCAGAGGAAUGAGAUUAGAUUGGUUUAGGUUACAGGCAUAUACUAGUGUCUCUAAGGCUUCACUUGGUCUUGCGGAUCACCGGGAACUCGGAAAGAUGAUGAAUACAAUAAUUUUUCAUACAAAAAUGGUAGAUUCAUUGGUGGAAAUGUUGGUGGAAACAUCAGAUCUCUCCAUAUUUUGUUUUUAUAGUCGUGCUUUUGAGAAGAUGUUUCAGCAGUGUUUGGAGUUACCUUCUCAGUCAAGAUACUCAAUCGCUUUUCCACUACUUUGCACUCAUUUUAUGAGUUGUACGCAUGAACUAUGUCCAGAAGAGCGGCACCAUAUUGGAGAUCGCAGUCUUUCCUUAUGUAAUAUGUUCCUGGAUGAAAUGGCCAAACAAGCUCGGAAUCUGAUCACUGAUAUUUGCACAGAACAAUGUACUCUUAGUGACCAGUUGCUGCCUAAGCAUUGUGCCAAAACCAUCAGUCAAGCAGUGAAUAAGAAGUCAAAAAAGCAGACUGGUAAGAAAGGGGAGCCCGAAAGAGAGAAGCCAGGCGUGGAGAGCAUGAGGAAAAACAGACUGGUAGUGACCAACCUUGAUAAAUUGCACACUGCACUUUCUGAGUUAUGUUUCUCUAUAAAUUAUGUACCAAACAUGGUGGUAUGGGAACAUACCUUUACUCCACGAGAAUAUUUGACUUCUCAUCUGGAAAUCCGUUUUACUAAAUCAAUUGUUGGGAUGACAAUGUAUAAUCAAGCCACACAAGAAAUUGCAAAACCAUCAGAGCUUCUAACAAGUGUAAGAGCAUAUAUGACUGUACUCCAGUCAAUAGAAAACUAUGUUCAGAUCGAUAUUACAAGAGUAUUUAAUAAUGUUCUUCUUCAACAAACACAACAUUUGGACAGUCAUGGAGAGCCUACCAUUACAAGUCUGUAUACAAAUUGGUAUUUGGAAACUUUGUUAAGGCAAGUCAGCAAUGGCCAUAUAGCUUAUUUCCCUGCAAUGAAAGCAUUUGUGAAUUUACCCACAGAAAAUGAAUUAACAUUCAAUGCAGAGGAAUAUUCUGACAUAUCAGAAAUGAGGUCAUUAUCAGAACUCCUAGGUCCAUAUGGAAUGAAAUUCCUAAGUGAAAGCCUUAUGUGGCACAUUUCAUCACAGGUGGCUGAACUUAAGAAACUUGUGGUGGAGAAUGUUGAUGUGCUAACACAGAUGAGGACCAGCUUUGACAAACCAGACCAGAUGGCCGCACUCUUUAAGAGAUUGUCAUCUGUUGACAGUGUAUUGAAGAGGAUGACAAUAAUUGGUGUGAUAUUAUCCUUCCGAUCAUUGGCACAAGAAGCACUUAGAGACGUCUUGUCCUAUCACAUUCCUUUCCUUGUAAGUUCAAUUGAAGAUUUCAAGGACCACAUUCCAAGAGAGACGGAUAUGAAGGUUGCAAUGAAUGUAUAUGAGUUAUCAUCAGCUGCUGGAUUACCUUGUGAGAUUGAUCCUGCCUUGGUAGUAGCUCUUUCUUCACAAAAGUCAGAAAAUAUUAGUCCAGAAGAAGAAUAUAAAAUUGCCUGCCUUCUCAUGGUCUUUGUAGCAGUCUCUUUACCGACACUGGCUAGUAAUGUGAUGUCACAGUACAGUCCUGCUAUAGAAGGGCACUGCAACAACAUUCAUUGUUUGGCUAAAGCCAUCAACCAGAUAGCCGCAGCCUUAUUUACAAUUCACAAAGGAAGCAUUGAAGACCGUCUUAAAGAAUUUCUGGCGCUUGCAUCCUCCAGUCUACUGAAAAUUGGCCAGGAAACAGAUAAAACUACCACACGAAAUAGAGAAUCUGUUUAUUUACUACUAGAUAUGAUUGUACAGGAAUCACCAUUCCUGACGAUGGAUCUUUUGGAAUCUUGUUUUCCUUAUGUGUUGCUGAGAAAUGCAUACCAUGCUGUCUACAAACAAAGCGUUACAUCUUCUGCAUAGAAUAUCUACUUACUCAAGACAAGCACACAUUUUUGUUGCCUUGGUUUUAUCUGUAAACUGUGGAACUAUUUUACCUGAAGGCCUGAAAGACAAUUUUAUGGAUUAUACAUUUCUUUCAUACAGUUGUAUUUUCUGAUCAUUGGUUUCUUAAUAUGGUUGUACUAUAGCAUACUGGUUGAUUUAGAUUGCACAUUCACUGAAUUCACUGAGAUUAUUCCUAUAAUUUUGGAGUAUCAUUUGUUUGAAAAGCAUACAUAAUACGUUUUUGAUAUUGAAAACAAACUCUGCCUGUUUAUUUCUGAUGCCUGUUUAUUUCUGCAAAAAACUGUAUUUAGUGAUUAUUUUAGAUAGUGAUAUUAUAGCAUUCCUCUGUGUGUAAAUUAUUUCAUAUAGCGAAGAAUUCUGAUCUGUACCUAUGGCUCUUACUGAAAACAAAAUUGGAUGUGCAUUUCUGUGACAUUAGGAAUACAUUUCUACUUUAUUUUGAAACUUUUGCCAAACUAACACUGUAUAACAUUAAAAAUGUUAAAGACUGCUUAGCACUAGAAGCAGAACAUGUCUGGAAAGUGUAGCGGCAGCAUACGUUGUUGCUUGUAUAAAGCUCAGUGGUAAUUUUUAGACCUAACAUCCUGGUGCCUGUUGGCAUUAGCACUGCCGCCGUGCUCGGCUGUGUAAUGAGUAACCUGGGGCCUUGGUCGGCUGCUGACACAACGCCCGCCCCUGACUGCUUUUGUGUCUUAAGCUUUGGAGAUUCAUGUGUUCCUGCCGUAGCACAGAGUAAGCGCAGGUUGGACCACAGCGGGCUGAGGCGCUCGCGGCCGCCUCGGGGAGUCUUGCUCAGCAGCGCAGAAAUGUGGUGGUUUCUUUUUCAGUCCAGGAUCUGGAUGUGGACUCCGGGACGGUCUUAAACUCAUAGUCUGCCUGCCUCCAUUUUCUAAGUGCUGGGAUUACAGGUGCUUGUCACCAUUCCAAACUGCAAACUUUAGUUUAAAUCUGGUUUAAUUAUCCAAGUGUGAUAUUUUAUAUGAGGCCAGCUGUUAAAAAACUCAAAUGUUUUGAAAAAUAUUCCACUGGAAUAAAAGUAUUAAAUCUAAAUAAAAUAACAUAAACACAUUGUUUAAAGAUUUUUGAAUUAAAAGACAGCUUGUAUUCCAUCAGCUUGCUAAUUAUAUCUGGUACAAUAUGGAAUAUUUAGAAGAAUGGGAGAAGCUAGUGAAGGUGGAGCUAGUGCAGAUUGGAGGGUGCCACAUCAGUGUGUAAUGAUGGCUGUGAGAAAGCCGGCUGCGUGAGGUCAGUUAGGGUGUUUUCUUGGUUCACAUACAAAGAAUGGGAUGAAAUCAGGGUGUCACAUGAUAAGGCUGCUAAUUGUAUGUGAUGUGUCCUGCCUAUACAUAGAGCAGGGAAUAAUUAUCCUGUUAAAAAUAUUUAAUAAUUCCCAAAGGAAUUUUUUAGAGCAAGUCUUAAAUAUAGAAUAUUUUCAGGCUUAAAUAAUGUCAGCCAUUUUAUCCUGUAAUCACUUUGAGAUUUAAGGUGGUCUGCUUCAAAGUACUACAAUUUCAAAGUGGUAAUAAACUUACUGGCAGGGUUAUUUAGAGAGAUUAAAGUAGGCAUUUGAGUAUAUGCACUCCAGAAUGUGUGCGAGAGUACAAGGAUAAAAAUAAGCCACAUUCUACCACUGAUAGGCCAAGAAAAAAGGAUCACCUUUUUAUAGUCACCUGGAGUUUUUCUUGUCCAAAGUUUAUAUUCUCAUAAAGCAAGACAUAUUUAUUACUUAGAUAUUCUAUUCUGUUUUAUUGUUUUUCUGCACCCCAUGGAAAGUUGAGCAAGAAUAAUGUGGGAACCAGUUAAAAGUACACUGAUAACCAUUGUGUUUAAUAUCUUGUUGUAAUCUUGGUCAUUUUCUUCUGAACUUACACUGUUUGGCUUUUUCUAGUGACAUGAUCAUUCCCUACAUACUGACUGGUAAGACGCUUAUUUUACUCAG